AUGAGUCGUGGAUAUUCAGAAAACAAUAAUUUUCUGUGUAAUAACCAAAUGGUGUUGGACAUGAUCCUUUAUUCUCUAAUUGGAGUACCUCAGCCUAUCAACUGGGAAACAGUGGCAAGGCUAGUUCCUGGAUUAACAUCAAAAGAGUGUGCAAAAAGAUUUGAUGAACUGAAAAUCAGUGGAAGUUCACCUGUUGACAACCAAUAUAGCCCUCUGAUGGCAACUGGAGGAAGUCCUGUUGAAAACUUAGCAACUUACAUCAAAUCCUCACUCCUUGACACACAAGGAGAAUUUCAGGAGCCACCUCUUAGACAGAAUUCCGUUUCCAAAACAGGAAGACCUAGUAUAGUUUCCACAAGGAAUUGUUCUUCAGAAAAUGAAAACUGUACAGCUCAUAAAGAUGAAGAAAAGGCUGAUGAAACAGAAGGGCCAAAUAUGGUGAUUCAUGUAUGUGAUGAAGCAAAAAACCUGAAAGAAGAUUUUACUUGCCCUCGAGAUCUUUUGAUAUCAGAAAUGAAGUAUUUUGCUGAAUAUCUCUCUGUGGAUGCCCAGCGCUGGGAAGAGGUGGACAUUUCAGUUCACUGUGAUGUUCACAUCUUCAACUGGUUGAUACAGUAUGUGAAAAGGAACUCUAAGGAGAAUGAGAAUUGUGAGAUACCCACUUUAGAACCAGGAAAUGUCAUUUCAAUUCUAAUUUCUUCUGAAUUUUUGAAGAUGGAUUCAUUAGUUGAACAGUGUAUUCAUUAUUGCCAUAAACACAUGAAUGCUAUAGUUUCCACCCCAUGCAACAUGAAUUGUAUUAAUGCAAACCUCCUUACACGUAUAGCUGACCUGUUCACACAUAAUGAAGUUGAUGAUGUAAAGGACAAAAAAGAUAAGUUUAGGAGUAAACUUUUUUGUAAGAAGAUUGAAAGACUUUUUGAUCCAGAGUACCAGAAUCCAGAUUCUCGGAAUAACGCAGCAACAUUGUACAGAUGCUGUUUAUGUAAGAAACUUCUGACUAAAGAAACAGAAACAAGAAUUCCUUGCAUUCCAGGAAAAAUCAACAUAAACCAACAUGGAAGUAUUGUUUAUAUUCACAUAAGAGACAAAACUUGGGAAGUUCAUGAAUAUUUGGUUAAUCUUUUUGAGGAAUUAAAAUCUUGGAGAGAUGUGUAUUGGCGAUUAUGGGGGACUGUCAAUUGGCUGACAUGUUCUAGAUGCCACCAAGCUUUUCUCUGCACUGAGCUUUCACAUUGUCAGUAUCACUCAGAGCCAGUGAUUUAUCCUGGUAUGUCAAAUACAUCCAGUUCUUCUGGCACUGGAAUAUAUCCUUGCUGUAACCAAAAGGUUCUUCGAUUUGAUCCUACCCAGAUUCCAAAGGGUUGUAAAGUGAGGGACCAUGCAAUUGGUUUAUGUGAUCGAGGUGAAGGUGGGGAAUUGCUGACCUGUUCAUCAGCUAAAAUACUGGAUGAUCUCCUCUUGCACAGAGAUGUUAUUGUUGUACCUUUUCCUAAAGAUACGAUUAGUGAUUAUGGAAUUAGCUUCUUUGAUGAGAAAGGCAUAGACUGUGAUGGUCUGCUAGAGCCAAAUACACCUUGGGGCCCCAAAACUGGAGAAAUCAAUGCUUUCUUGUCCUUGAAAAAUUGGACCCUACAACUAAAACAACAAUCAUUAUUUUCAGAAGAGGAUGAAUAUACUACUGGGUCUGAAGUUACUGAAGAUGAGGUUGGGGAUGAAGAAGAAGUAACUAAAAAGCAAGGAAAAAAAGAGAAGCCAAAGAAGUUCACUAAACAGCCAAAAAAACAGACAUCUUCACCAUGCGUUCAAAAGAAAGAAAAAUCAUCAGAUAAGUCAACUUCUAGAGAUGCCUCUCCAUUUGUUGUAAGCAUACAAAGGAAUAAGUGGGAUGCCUCCAGGUCAUUGAGGUUCAAUCAGGAUGCUCAGAGAGAAGAGGAUCAGCGCCGGAUGUCUGAAAUUACAGGGCACCUAAUAAAAAUGCGACUUGGUGAUGUGGAUCGAGUCAAAUCAAAGGAAGGAAAGGAAUUUGCGGGUGGUAUUUAUUCUAGGCUUGAAGCUCAAGUCAAGGCCUCAAUUCCAGUCACGGCACGGCAGAGCAGUACAGAUAAAAACACAAGGUCUAAAAGUCGUUUCGGUCAAAAUCGUCCUGUAUAAGACACCUCAAAAAAAGAUAUCAAAUAGCAGAAGGCAGUUCUGUCAUCUGGAAUUGUUCAUUUUUUGAAGAUAUUUGGAAGGCUACCUUCUUAAUCUUUUAAGUGACUUAAUCUAUUGAAUACUAUAAGCCACAUUAAUCACAUUACUAAGAAGAAUGAACCAGGUUUCCAGUUAGAUCUUGUAAAAAAAAUGAAAUUUGUAAAUAUGCAACUAGUUAAAUUUAAUCUGCUUU